GCGGAGCCAGAGUUCAGACCAGGACAGACUCAAGGACAAAAUCCACCGAAUAAAAAACAGGGACCAACAUUUACAAAAAUAUCACAUUUAUUUCAAAUUUACCAAGAAAAGUCGUGAAGUCUGAGCUCCUCCUGCUGCAGAGAAGAUGUCUGUGUCGUCUGGAGCGCUCGCGGCUGGAAGGCUCCUGGCGGCGGCAUCUGCUUCGGCGGGACACGAGGGCGGAGCUCGUACGUGGAAGAUCCUGUCGUUCGUGGUGGCGUUCCCGGGCGUGGCCGUGUGUAUGGCCAACGCCUACAUGAAAAGUGAACACGAGUCCCACGAGAGCGAAUUCGUUCCUUUUGCUCAUCUGCGCAUUCGCACCAAGAAGUUCCCGUGGGGCGAUGGAAACCACAGUCUGUUCCAUAACCCUCACACCAACCCACUGCCGGACGGCUUCGAGAGCUCGCACCACUGAGCGGCCAGCGGGAGGGCAUCUGGACAAAGCUAACAUGCGAACACACUAGCUCCCCUCUGCUGCUGUGAUCCGGGCACAUACAAGUCUGAGCUCAGGUUAAACUAGCUCUCCUCUACUGAUGCAUUCACUGUCUGCUGUAAAACUGAACACUUUAACACUAAUAAAAAACUGUACAGAAUCUG